UCCACCCUGACAUACCUAGUUUAUGUUUUUUUGCGAUUUUAUCAAAUUUUUCAAUAGUUUUUAAUUCAAAAACAAUUUUUAGUAUGUUUUAGAGAGCCAAAUCUAAAGCGUAAGCUAUAGUUUUCAGGAAAAUGGUGACAACGGAAUUGCUCAACCGGCGCCCGCUCAGCCCAGCCAAGUCCCCGAGCCGCGGCGGGGCCGACAGUGGGGACGGACCGGCGCCUCGCGAGGGACUCCCUGGAUGGCGUUGCAUCAACCUGGACUGGACUCACGACCCCGCGUCCUGCCUGGAACCAGGCCCCCGGGCCAGCAGCCGGGGCCUCCACGGCAGGGGGUCCACGCAUGGACCUUCAAGCCAGGGCUCCAUGCAGGGGCGGUACUGUGGGAGUCCCCCGCGGAGCCCCGUGUGGGUGGUGCCUGUUGUGGAGAUCAGGAAGCAAACAUCUAGUUCGACACUACACGGCGAUGAAGAGAGCGCUGCCGAUGAGGAGCAAAGAGAAAUGCAGGCUGCAGCGACACAGGUGAACCCUAGAUCCGACAAGUCUAACCAGGAAGGCUCGUCCAAGGCAGAGGUGGCACCACACACACUGAGCGUCAACCCAUCACCAUCAUCAUCACCAGUGAACGUUGCCCUAGCUCAGUAUGUCACGAGCCCACCGUCCGAGCCAGUGUGGGUGGUGCCUAUCUUGUCUACUAAGCCGUUGUCUCGCCCUCUUUCACCGUCAGUGGAAGACCACCAGCCGUGUGACGACGCGUGCGCAGUGAGCGUGCAGGCAGGGCGGCCCAGAGUGCAUAGCUGCGUGGUUCCAAACGAGUGUUGCGCUCGCGCACUGAUGAAUGAGCACGUGCGGCGCGCGCAGCGCCAUCUGCGAGCGCUGAGCAAACUACAGCGGCUGGUCGGCGGCGACGUGGUGAACUAAAUACUUGUGUAGAUGGCCAGUCUCAAUGUCAACAGAAAAAAGUAAAUUCGCUGAUCCAUUUUAAUAAAUUGUUAUGACAGAAUCUAAAUGAGUUAGUUUUACUAAAGCUUCCCGUGGUGUGUCAUUCUGCAAUAAAGCUCUCCAUUAGCCGACAUUCCUACAUACUAGCAGCAGUUGAAUCAAUCACUUUUUUGUGUCAAGAUCUGCUUUGUGGUCAAGAUCAUUAUUGUUUCUAUUUAUUUAUUAAAAGCAAACAGCUUGUUACAGUACCUAAGUAUAGGUGAAGGUGAACGGAUAGGCGAACAAAAGUUAAUAAAACAACAAAUGAGCAUCACAAAACUAUUUAAUCACAUAAUCAGUCGCCGUCACCACCGCAGCAGUCGUCGUCCACUUCCACUCCGCACAUUUUCAGCAGGAACACACACGCCGUGACACACAGGAGACACUUGAGGCACCUCCCACACGCGCCACAACCACAAGUGCACGAGCAGCACAUGGUUAAAAAAUAAAAACUUCAGUCUUUGCCGCUGGCUGAAUGCGAUCCAAUACCUUUGCCUCAAAAAAAUGUAGUGCGCCUCUAUGGCCCAACUUCUUUUGGCGCGAAUGAAUUUUUACUGCUGUAUUUUAUUAGUUUGUUUUUCUUUUGUAUAACUGCUUAUUUGGUUUUGUAAUCUACUUUAGUAACACAGCCAUCAGGUUAAAUAGAUAAAGACCAAA